AUGCAUAUGUCUCCUAUUUUAUCUGCUGUUCUUAUUGUCGUCUGCUGUGUAAAUUUCACUUUUGCCAGUGGAUUUGGUGUUGAUUGCAAAUGUACCUGUUGUAUUUCAUCGAAAAAAUCGGCAUGCAAAGCAAAUGAGCUUGGCUCAAUUCACUUAGAUAUUGCAUCAUGUGAUGAUAUGAAAUGCCUUUCUGCUUGCAAACAACGUUAUCCACUUUGCACAGCAGGCAAGUCAGAUAUGCAAACAACAUGUACGUCAUCUGGUGAACCAUCAUCAUCGUCAAGUACGAUGACUUCAACUGCAUCUACCGGAUCUUCGUCUGCAACUAGCGCUCAAAGCUCAAGCACAACUACAGGUGCUGGUUCGACUUCAACACUUAGCACAAGUUCCACCACAAGUGCAUCAUCUACUUCAACGCCGAGCACUAGCGCUACCACAAGUUCUACGACCACUUCUGGAUCAAGUACAGUUACCUCAACGACUUCUGGCAAUAGCACUACAUUACCAUCGAAUGCUAAUGCAAUCAAAUCCAUGUUUCAGUUUUCAUAUUUUAUUCUUUUUAUCACUGUAUUUACUUUUUUCCGCAUGUAA